AUGAAGGCCGCUCUUGCUCUCUCCGUCGUCCUUGGCGCCUCCAUGGGCCUCGCCGCCACCCUGGCAGACCUCCCCCAGUGCUCUCAAGCCUGCCUUCAGAGCAUGCUCCAGAAGGGCCCUGAGCUCGGAUGCAGCCCCGGCGAUGCCAACUGCCUCUGCAACCACCCUGACUUCAAGAAUGGCCUGCAGGACUGUACCACCGAGGCCUGCCCCGGUGAGAACGUCGGCGCCGUCGUCCAGCAGGGCCUCGACGCCUGCAAGACCAUUGGUGGUGGUAACGGCAGCUCCACUGGAGCUCCCUCUGGAACUGCUACCUCUGGCUCUGGAACCGCCACUUCCGGCUCUGGCUCUGCUACCGAGACCAACGCUCCCUCCACCAGCGGCUCUGGCUCUCAGACACCAACUGCUACUGGUGAACAAUCUACUCCUUACACCACCAUCCCCGCUGGCCCAACCGUGAUCACCUCUGGAUCCGAGACCAUCACCACCACCCGCCCUGCCACCACUCUCUACACCCAGGUCUCUGGCUCUGGCUCCGAGUCCGGCUCUGCUACUCAGACCGGCUCCCCAUCUGGCUCCGGCACCGAGUCCGGCUCUCCCACCGAGACUGGCGCUCCAUCCACCACCGAGGGCGGUAACGGCGGUGAGACCCAGAGCCCAUCCCCAACUGAGGGUGGCAACGGCGGUGAGACCACCGGCAACGGCCCAUCCCCAACUCCCUCCCAGGGUGUUGCCCCUGCCAGAGCUACUGGCCUCGGUGUUGCCGGUGCCAUCGGUCUCGUCGCCCUCCUCGCCUUGUAA